ACAUUCAUCACAAAAACUAUUGUUCAAUUUCCCACAAACGUCAUAAACCCUAAACCCUACACGAAAGCAAAAGAAAAGAAAGAAGCAUGUCGAAUCCCAGUGUUAGCUUGAAGCUGUUGAUCGACGCCAAACGCGGCGUUGUGUUAUUCGCCGAAACCGCGGAAAACCUCGCCGCCGUCAUGCACGGCAUGCUCUCUCAGCCGGAGACCGUCAUCUCUCUCCUCCGGCAACAAGACACGGCGGCGGGCUCAUUAACAAAGCUCUGCAAAAGCAUCCAAAACGCCGACAACAAAUCGACCAAUGCGGUUUACUGCUGCGGGUAUUGUCGUUUUCCCGUGUAUUCCGGUGACCCCUCGGCGGUUUGCUCGUACUGCUUCGGUUACAUGAACGCGACGCUGGCGUAUGUUGCGCCGCCAGUAACGCCGCCGGUGCCGGCGGGUGGAAGCGGCGGCAAAGCUCCGCUUUACAUAAUUACGGACGAUUUGGAGAUAACGCCGAUGUCGGCCAUCUCCAUCGUCACUCUCUUUAAGAAGCUCGGCCUCGACAACGUCGAUGCCUUGGAGGAGAAGGUGGUGGAUUUUGGCGUCGACGAGGCUAUUAAGGUGGUGAAUGCUUCUCGGGAAUCCAAGAAGGUUCUCACGGAUGUCUUCCUCAAGGCCGAGACCGUAGAAAGUGAAAGUGAAAGUGAUGAUGGCUACAUAGCAGUGUGAUUUUGUUUAGAUUUUGAAAUGGAAUAUUCAAAUUAUCUUGUUAUUUUUCCUUUUCUUUUUUAAAGACGGAAUUCUUAUUAUCUCUUCAGCAAUUUUAUUAGAUUCGUGAACCGUUUUUUCAGUCGUGGUUUGUUUAAUUAAUGCUCUUCUAAAGUUCC